UGGAAAAAACUCAUUUCUCUGAAAGAAAAAAAUUAUCUUUUUGGAUAAUUUUGCCUUUUACACUCACGUGCCCCACUUACAUGCUGCUGCUCCCAGCCACUUCCUCAGCCACCCACAUGGCCCCACACAGACGCCACUUCCUCUCGCCCCUCUGCCCCUGGAUGACACUCAUCCUGUGCAUUGCACUGCUGAUGCAGCCAACCUUUGCACUGGAGGCACAGCACCAACAGCAGCAACCCGCUGAUGGCAUAUUCAACAUGGAGAGGGACGUCGGGGCCCCACCACCGGCACCCGUGGCAGCCAGCAUGCAGCUGAAACUCAACGACAUCCAAAGUUACUUGAAGUCCCUCGACAAAAGCAAAAAGGGAGAGGCAAAUCACGCAGCCACCACUACCGCCGCCACUGCAUCUACCACCGCCGUUCAUUGUGACCCCGUGUCAUUAAUGUGGGGUAUUGGAGAUACGACAGCCUACGUAGGACGCUUGUUUGCCUAUCCCUUACGAAAUGAUGUGUUCAAAGGAGACAUAAAGUCAUUCAAGGUAAUGGAGGCUGGCAAGACGACCCUACCCAAGUGGUUGUAUUUCGACGUUGAGACUCGUACCUUCUCUGGAGUCCCGAAACCAGCAGACAUCGCCCAGUAUUACAUUGAGGUUGUGGCGCAGGCUGAGGACCAAGGAGCUGUUAGUCAGUUCGCCAAAGACGUCUUCUCGAUUCAUGUGACCAAAGAAAGCUCGAAACCCGCCACAGCGGCGGCAGAAGCAGCAGCAAUCAGUGGUUCAUCAUCAAAGAAGAACAGCAAGGGUUCAAAUUCUCCACCAGUCAUCCGAUGCAUGCCCCAGGAGCCAGAGACAGCAUUUACGCUAAUUGUUGAUGCAGACCUUGAUCAACUUCCUCCCCACGGCAUUGUGGAACUGUUAAAGAAACUGGAGCACAAUCUAGAGCUUGUGUCUGAGAUGUUUAAGGUCGGUCCUGCCACCACUGGCAACAGGCCCAUCCCUCCUGUCCAUGCAGUCACCCCAGACACAUCGUCCUCAUCCACCCUUGUAUCAGGGCCCGGUGACACAAAAAUCGCAAAACACCCCGGGGUGCUUGUCACGUGGCUGGUUGGUUGUGGCCGAGUGGAGCUGCAGCACAUGAACGUUCUACAGAGGGUGGAAUCAAUUUCAGCAAAUGGCACCUUGUCCGAGCUCCUCGGUCAUGGAGUUGUAGGGUGGCAUGUGACAAACAGACAAGUAACCCUGCCUGAGAAGAGAGUAAGGCGUGCAGCCAUCAUGGCCACCCCGGCUGUCACUGACAUUGCACCGACGCGCACCCACCUGCAUUCGCACAAGACCCACCACCGACAUACAGAUGGAAUGGCCAUCAGCAUGCCCGAAUAUUGCAGUCGCGCAAGAAAGCUAAAACCACGAAUAGCACACAGGAUUCCUGUACAGGAAUUCGAGGUCGGGAAGCGAGCCUACUUCUCUGUGCCAUCUGACACGUUCAUUGACUGCAAGGUGCCCAGCGACCGCUUGAUGCUGGCAUUUUUCCUUAAGCAACUCCCUCCCAACAUUUGGCUGCAGAGAGACCCGGCCAAUAACAAGAGCAUAAUUGGGCUGCCAAUGGAAAGCAAUGUGGGCAUCCUCAACGUGACAGUGGUGGCGAUAAACAGUGAUGGAAUGUUCAACAACAUGGACUUCCUCGUGAAGGUUCUGAAGAACAAGAACCUCAAGAGCAACAAGGUAACCCACAAGAUCAAGAUGAAGUUCAGUAUGGAGUACAAGAAAUUCAUGUCAAACCUCGACUCGAGGCUCAAUCUCAUUGACAAGAUCGGCAAAUUGUACGGAGACGCAGAUGCGAGCAGCGUCACAGUGCUCGAAAUAACAGAGGGGUCUGUGGAGGUGUCAUGGACAAACAACACUCUCGUCGGCACAAAAUGCCCCGAUGAUGCUACCAAUGCCCUUUUUGAACGCCUAGUUGAUCAAAAAGCGGGUGAAACUUUCAGCAAGGAAAGCAAUGAAACCUUUCAAGCUGCAAUCGGCCCAAAUAAUCCCGAUGGGAGCUUGUGCUGGGGGCUAUAUCAACCCAAUGCCGAGCACCACAAUGGCACAAUGGCAGCAGCAACAACACCAGAACUCAAGAAACCACAGUCUGAUGAUGAGAACGUUAUUCUUAUUUCAACCAUUGUCCUUGGUGUCACCAUCGUGUCCAUAUUGCUUCUGGCCCUGCUCAUUACUUGCAUCCGUUACCGAAAGAGUCGGAGAGGAAAGAUGUCGCUCUCGUCUGCCGGCGAGGGCACCCAGUUGACCCAACCAGACCGAAGAAGAGGUGGGCAUCGCAGAAACGGUGGAGUAAACGAACCCAUACUCGGCUCGCAACCGUGUGAGCCACCACCUCCUGUCACCGUGUGGCAGGGCAAGAAACAGCCGCGCCCCCACAUGCAACCCCCCUACACAUCACCUCCUCCAUAUGUGCCUCCAUAAGUUCAUUGCUGAAGUGUAAUUACAUAUAUAACUGUAUGUAUAUAUA